AUGGAAUGUAUCAAUUGUGAAACCGCAGAUGACCGACAUUUUGAUCUAGUACAUGCUUUAAUUAACCUCGACAAGUUAUGGAUAUUGGUUUCCGAAAACCCACAGUCCCUUAUCUAUAUCUCAGAAAAGAAAUUCUACCACAACAAACGAGGACUAAAGAUUAUCAAAGAAGUAGGCAUCUUGGAUGCAACACCAGAAGAAGUACUCUACGCACUGUUAGAUAUGAGAAUUUUACACAUUGUCGAUGACAUGAUGACACAACCAACCUGUGUCAAAUUUGCCCAGAAUGACAAGUAUGCCAUGUCGUAUUUAAGCUCUCGAUUAAAAAUGGUGUGGCCAGUGUCAGAUCGUCACUUAAUCAUUGGUUCCUCGAUUCGAGAAGAGCAUAAACCAUUUACUGGAUAUACAAUUGUAAGAAAGUCGUUAGAAUCCAACGACAUUACAGUACUUAAGGGUUGUGUGAAAACAAUCUUUCUGGGUGGAGUUGUGAUUGAGAAAAUCAAUGAAAAACAUACUCGCCUUACUCUCUCAGGAUUUCUCGAUAUGGGAGGUAAAUUUCCAGUAGGUCUAUUCAACAAGUUAUUGGCCAUGAGAGGGUCUAAAAACGUUGAGAAUCUAAAGAAGGGAAUUUUAAAACGAAGAGAAAUGAACGACGAAGAGAGGAAAAUCAAUUCAGAGAAUUCGUGUCGAGUGAUUGAAACAUUAACCUAUUGGAAGAAGUCCCAGAGCAAACAACCAAACCAUUCAAGCAAUUCAACCAACAACAACAACUAG